AUGGCGUCGACGACUCGCAGGAAGCACGUGGUGCUGUUCCUGGCAUUCGCUGCCAGCGUCGCUGUGAUGCUGGCUCCACCGCUGGCUGCCGUCACUGCGGGUUCGGCCCCUGCAGCAGGCCCGAGCGGCGCUUCCGUGAACAUGGGAGCUCUGACGCUUUGCGCGGUCAUGGGCGCCUACUACGUGCUCUGUUGGCAUGAUGCAAAGGUGGCGGGCGCCCGUGAGGCUAAAGAAGCCGAGGACACGGCAAGCGAAGCAAAGAAGAAGCCUCGCAUCGGUGCGCUGGACAGCCUCAGGUUCAUUCUGAUUGCUUACAUCGCCUCCGGCCACUUCAUCCACACGGCAACGCGGAAUCCCUUCCUGCUGAGGCUCAUCUCGCAGAUCAACGUGGUUGUCGGCGCCUUCUUCGUGAUCUCCGGCUACGUGGCCGCCUAUACUACGACGGAGCUGGGGCAGCGAAAGGGCUCCAAGCGCUUGGACAAUGCGGUUGAGUUCGUGAUCACCCGCAUCAUGGGCCACUGGCCCUUGCACAUCGUCGUGCUGCUGCUCUUCUCCCCUGUGUUCUUGUUCGUGGACAUCUCCUAUAGCGGCGUAGCAACGGCAGCCUGGAAUGGAUUCAUUUCCAUCUUCAUGCUCCAGGCCUGGUUCCCCACCUCGGCUGAGGUUUGGAACGCUCCCACUUGGUUCCUCUCGGCUCUCUCGUUUUCCCUAUGCGCUCUCCCCUACGGCCUUCGCAUCCUCGCCGGGCAGAAGAAGGAGGAGUUGAGGAGAACGCUUGUCAUCCUCACGCUGCUGAGCUUGGUGCCGAAGGUGGCCUACAGCAACGACCUCCAUGCCUGGGGCAUCAUGGAGGGCAUGCUGAAUGCCAAGACCCACCCGAACUAUGCGCUCUUCAACAGCAUCCGCUUCAGCCCGCUGGGCGCCCUGCUCGAGGUACCGUUUUUUGCGGUGACCGGGCAAAUGUCUUUCAACAAGAAGGCACGUGCGAGGGGCAUGAGGCUUGUCGUUGAGGUUAAAGAGAUUUUGAGGUUGACGGCUUUGGAGUGUGGUUACAUAUUGAAAUAA